AAAGCAAUCACAUGUGAAGCAUGAAUAGUCAGUGUUAAUGAAGAAAUUGCAAUUAUGAGGUUCUUCUUUGUUUUCCUUGCCAUCGUCCUUUUUCAAGGGAUCCACGGAGCUUAUGUGGAAAUAGGAUAUUCUCUGAGAAAUAUUACAUUCGAUGGAUUGGAUACAGAUGACUACAAUCCAAAGUUCAACAUUCCAACGGGUUUGGCAGUUGAUCCCGAAGGAUAUAGGCUCUUCAUAGCCAUCCCAAGGAGAAAGCCAAAGGUUCCCUACACUGUGGCUGAACUGAAUAUGGUCAUGAAUCCCGGAUUUCCCGUCGAGAGAGCUCCGAGCUUUGAGAAAUUCAAAAAAUUCAAUGGCGAGGGCAAAAAGGAUCUUGUUAAUGUGUAUCAGCCAGUCAUUGAUGAUUGUCGUCGUCUUUGGGUGCUUGACAUUGGGAAGGUGGAAUACACCGGUGGUGAUGCUGAUCAAUAUCCCAAAGGAAAGCCUACCCUAAUUGCCUACGACCUCAAGAAGGAUCAUACUCCGGAAAUUCAUCGAUUUGAAAUUCCAGACGAUCUCUAUAGCUCACAAGUUGAAUUUGGUGGAUUUGCCGUUGAUGUUGUUAACACGAAAGGAGACUGUACGGAGUCAUUUGUCUACCUGACCAAUUUCAAGGAUAACUCUCUAAUUGUCUACGAUGAGACACAAAAGAAAGCUUGGAAAUUCACAGAUAAAACAUUUGAAGCUGAUAAGGAAUCCACGUUCUCCUACUCGGGAGAGGAACAAAUGAAGUACAAAGUUGGUCUUUUUGGGAUAGCUCUGGGUGAUAGGGAUGAAAUGGGGCAUCGUCCUGCCUACUAUAUCGCUGGGAGUAGCACCAAAGUCUACAGUGUUAACACUAAAGAACUCAAAACAGAGAAUGGUCAGUUAAAUCCUCAGCUUCACGGUGAUCGUGGAAAGUACACGGAUGCAAUUGCCCUAGCCUACGAUCCUGAGCAUAAAGUCCUCUACUUUGCUGAAUCCGACAGCAGGCAGGUGUCCUGUUGGAAUGUAAAUAUGGAGCUAAAACCAGACAAUACGGAUGUGAUCUUCUCUAGUGCCCGUUUUACUUUUGGAACGGAUAUUUUGGUUGAUAGCAAGGGAAUGCUGUGGAUAAUGGCUAAUGGACAUCCACCAGUAGAGGAUCAAGAGAAGAUUUGGAAGAUGAGAUUCGUAAACCGGAAGAUCCGUAUUAUGAAAGUGGAUACGGAACGUGUAUUCAAAUAUUCACGCUGCAAUCCAAAUUAUAAGCCCCCGAAAGAAAUUGAAGUUUGAGCCACAGAAAAAGCUCAAUUUUCAACAAGAAUUUGAUCUUAAUCUGAAUACCUAAAGUCUGUCAAAGAAUUUCUUAUUAUUUGAAAACCAAUAAAUUGAUUUAUUUUCCGCAUUA